GGAAGCACUAUCCCUUUAAGAGCAAGUGGGACAUAGCGGUGCGAGGAAAGGAGAGGAGGGGGAGAAGAAAGAGGAAUUAAAAAAGAAAAGGAAGAAAGAGACAGGGAGGGAGGAGGGAGAGCGGGCGAUAAAAAAAGAAAGAUGACAUCCUCGCGGCAGAAGGGCCGAGGUGGAGUGAUAGGCUGCAGCCCGGCGAGCGGUGCUCUCGCCGGGGUCACGGCUUGAAACCAACAUCGAGGCUUCGACAAACACCCGAGUGGCCUAAUGGGAGAAAAUGGAAAAAAAUAGACUCAUACAUUAAAACCAAAGCAUGAACUGCUGUGCUAACAAAUGCGUGUGUUUUAAACCCAUAUUUGCUCUUAAAUGGCGUUAAAUGGCGUUGAAAUCGCAUUAUUUUCAAGAUAAAGUGGUUGUUGUUUAAUGCUAAAGUGUAACACUGUGCCGUGCGCUGUUGGUGUUUUUGGGUGAGUUUAGGGUCAGUGUGCUGGUGCGUUUGAUGAACACUACUGUAUAAUGAGGCAAAGUUAGAGAGGGAAGACGCGGUUGUUGGAGCUAGCCCGUGUGCUGCGUGCUUACAUGGACACGGCAUUCGGCUACAUCAAUGAGAACAACAGCACAAGUUGGAACACAGCACAGACGAAGCCAGUUACGCUUUUAUUCGAGAACCCGAAGACAGCGAGUGUUCGCGCCUCGGCCGUCGUUGGGCCCCGUCCACACCAUGCAAAGGCGGCUGUCCGCGACCUCAAUCACCAACUGACUGUGUAAUCUCCACCGCUGUAGCUCAAAAUGGAUGCUGCUUGGAGCAAUUUCCUCUUCCAGCAUACUCCCACCCAAAAUCAAGUGGAGGGGAGCCUCCAAUCAGAGCUCAUGUCAGUGCAUACGAGUUCUCCCCAAACUCCACCCACAGAGCACAUAGCUCAGCCUCCCUCAACAGUGGACACUGCUGCUCUCAAUGAGGAGCCCCUGCCCGUGAAGCCAGUGUCUCGGCCGGCCCGUGUGCCCCACAUCUGUGCCAUCUGCAACAAGCAGUUCAAGAACAACUACAACCUGCGGCGGCACCAGUCGGUCCACACCGGGGUACGCAUGAAGGACAGGGCCAGAGAGCAGGUGGAGGGGGCGAAGGAGGGAGCAGCGGGCCAGGUGGCGGUGGCAGUGGCGGUGUCGGCCCCGUCGGCGAUGGUGGUGGGGGCUGGAGGGAGGAUGGAGAGGCCCACUGUUCCCCUCUCACUGCUCCACCUCUCCACGCCUCCCACUCUCGCCCCUCCCGGCGUGUUGGUGGGUGCACAGCAGCCUCCCCUGGGUAGUCAGGAUGGUGAAGGGGUUGCCAUGCCAAACGUAAUGGCUAGUGUUAACCCCCAUGCUCCGCCUCCUGCUGCUGUCGUCAUGGCCACAGGGGCGACAGUACAGCGUCCCACAAAUCCGAACCCCAACCCAGUGAAGAAGAACCACGCCUGUGAGACAUGUGGGAAGGCCUUCCGCGACGUCUACCACCUCAACCGCCACCGCCUGUCACACUCGGACGAGAAGCCGUUCUCCUGUCCCAUUUGCCAGCAGCGCUUCAAGAGGAAGGACCGCAUGAGCCACCAUGUGCGCUCUCACCAAGGUGGUGUGGAAAAACCCUACGUCUGCCCCCACUGUGGCAAGGCUUUCUCCAGGCCUGACCAUCUGAACAGUCACGUGAGACAGGUGCACUCCUCAGAGCGACCUUUCAAAUGCCCAACCUGCGAGUCCAGCUUUGCCACGAAGGAUCGUCUGCGUGCGCACAUGAUUCGCCACGAGGAGAAGGUCCCCUGCCACAUCUGUGGAAAACUGCUGUCUGCUGCUUACAUCACAGAUCACAUGAGGGUUCACAACCAGUCGCAGCACCACGCCUGCCACCUCUGUAACCGUAGCUUCACCACGCUGACGUACCUUCGUGUCCAUGCCCAGAAGCACCACGGCCAGGAGUGGAAGGACAGUCCCGGGGGCUUCGGAGGCUCGGGCUCUGGCGGCGUGCUCGUCUGUCACUUGUGUGGCGUCCACUGCAAGACGCCCACGCAGCUCCAGGGGCACAUGGGCACCCAUGGCAACAGCCAAGGUGCCCCGAGCCCCGUCACUUCUAAUGUGGCUGCCAGCAGCUCCGUCUCCCUUAGCAACAUGGUGACAGCACCCACUGUGUAUGUCACUGGCAACACGGUGGUGGACCUGCUGGUCACAGACUGCUCUAGCAUUGCAGCGCCACAGUCCCAGAGUUAGCAAUAGAGAGCUCAGCAAUAAUAACCUCAGUCCCUUUGCAGAGGGCAAGGUUAGAGAAGGUUGGAGUAACUCGUAGAUGCUGAUCAGGUUUCAGGUUUACCAUGUAGUAGAUGAGGAUAUUAUUGAGGGUGGGGGGAAAAAAAGGGUGAUAUAUACAUAUAUAUACAUAUUUGGUUGUAUGAGGUACUGGCACAAAGUCCGUUGUGUGAGCGCCUCGUGUGUUAGGAACAGCCUGAGACAUUUAGGUAGGUUUGCUUAUGAAAACAUCUGUCAGAGGAGAAGCAAGCAAAAGACCCUCCAUGUAAAAGCUAUUUUCACUUAGGUCUGUGAUGUUUACGAUGUGUUCUUUGAUUUAUCUUAUUUUCUUUACUGGAAACUGACGUUUAUAAACCACCCGAUCUCCCACACCAGUGUCCAUAGAGGAAAAAUCAGUGUUUUUAGCUAGUGACACAAUCUACCACUGCCUCAUUUAUGAUGUUUGUGUCACUAAGUUUAUGAUUUCAGGAGGCAGCAGUGGAUCAACAACUCUAGGGUGUGAUGUGCUGAAAAAUUGCUGCUUUUCUCAGUUGGACUUUUUCCGCGGUGGUGCGAGCGAUUUACAAACUUCUGUUUCCAGUGGGAAGCAGGUAAAUGAUUGACUGACUGAUCAUUUAUCAGGCAAGGCUGCAGAAGGCUGAUUGACUCUGUGUCGGUACCUUAUACAAACUGAACUAUCCCUUUAACAGCCGUCAGCUUAGAGCUGGAGAACAAGAGAAAGAGGAAAACCUGCGUUUGUAGAGUGAUGAAGUCAUUGGAAAAACAAAGGGGGCGUUUGUGGCUACGGCAGGUUCACUGACACUAACGACAGUAUAUAGGUAAAUAAGAAAAUAAACUGUGGUAUUGUGAGCAUCUACUGUAAUACUCUUCCCUCUCUGCCCUCUCUCUCUCUCUCUCCCUCCCUCUCUCUGACAUUGGCUGCUCUCUGCAAGUGCAUCAAGUACUGUAUAUCUCACACCAGCUCUGAUCUUACCUCCAUUUUAAAGCUCACUUACAGAGAAUCCAAAUGGCCUGUGUUGAAAGAAAAGCAGGAGGGUGAGAAUAACUCCAAAUCAAACAUGACAAAGGAAGGCAUUAGUAAUGUAGUUUUGUAUAAGUCAGCGCUCGUCUAGCGCGUUUGUCUCUUCAUGAUUUGAUUUGACACGUACCGCGAGUGUCUGACGUUUCUAGAGGGCUGUAACCAGAUCAGGACAGACGACCACACACGUGUAAAUGUGUCAUGGAUGUACUGGUUACUUUGUUUCCUUAAAAACAGUACAGAGAUGAGAGUAGAGGGGUGAUUAGGCGUGUCAAGCACCUUACAUGUAGUCAUUGUUUGAUUCAGCGAGGGUCAAAAUGGGUUUCUUGGAUUUUCUUGCUCUGAGUCUUCCCUCUCCGAGUCUGGCCAUUAAAAAAAACACAACGUCACACAACUGCUAAUCAGCACUCGAGCUUCUGACAUGGCGACUAUGCUCCAGAGAACUACCUUUUGUGCAUGAAAACAAGCGCGCUCGGUCAUGCUUAUUGUUAGGGAGGUGUCUCGACACAGGAAACGUUUUUAGCAGUUCCACUAAUUUAGUCCGCUGUAAACAAUAAUAUUUAUGAAAGUGUUGAUUUUUUUUUUUUUUAACAUUGUCGGCCAUUCGUUUGAUUCUAACUGUCAUUGCCAUAAUCGUUUAUUUUGUUUGUUUUUCUCUGUGUAUCAGUCCAAUGAGUGAAGCGUCUGCAUAGAUUUAGUCGUCGAACUCUGUGUAUAGCACACAAAUCACGAUGGUUCCACACGAACAUGUGAAGAAUGCUCUACUCUCACUUGUUCUCUGGAUAAUGUUUUCGGUUGUUUUGAGUUGUGUGGUGUCAGGAAAGGGCUUCUGAACUCACCACUCAGGUGAACAAGUCCACUGGGAGUUUGACAACAACACACAGUUGGUAUGCUGUUAAACAAAUCCUGGUCGUGUACUGGAGUGCUAUUUCAGUUUUUGUCCUUGAUAUGUUAUCUUUUAAAUUUGUAGAUUUCUUUCUUUUUCUUUCCUCUCCUUUCCUUGGAAAUGUGUUCUUCCUGUUGAGAAAAAGUAGUGAUGUAUUAUUAUUAUUAUUAAAAAAAAAAAAAAAAGAGAGUACAUUUUUAGGUUUUCUCCAUUACACGAAGAUAAAAAAAAAAUAAUACCUCUACUCUAGGACUCUGUACAGCUCUUGUUAUACAUCUUAAAGCCUUAUUGUACUCAACUGCAUUUUAAUUCUUUAAGAUGAAAUAUUUCAAAUCUUAGUCAUGGAUUCAUUAAGAAUAUUAAUGGGAUGUAUUUAUAUUUAUAUUUUUAUAUUUCUCAACAGUAUGCAUGUCUAAAAGGUUGUUAGAGCAAAAAAAAAAAUCAAUGAUGCUUACUACAGUCAUAAAUAUUAUCUUAUUUUGUAGAUGAAGUAGAGCUCAUGUUAUUAUUUUGUAAUUUGGAAAGUUUAAAGUAAAAAUGCUAAACAGGC